AUGUUUCCCCCUGUGCCACUGUUAAAAGAAUGUGCAAAGGGUGCCAUAAGGAAUGGCUCAAAGGCAGUAAAGGACCUGAAAGAUGUGAUUGGAUGCAUCAAAGAUUACAACCUAGAGUCUGAAUACCCAUCCAAGGACAUUGAAUUGCAACUUCAGAAGCUGGAGAGCCUAAUAGUGGAUCGGGAAGCUGCAUGUCUUGACGCCAAGCCAGUUAAACAACAAGCUAAGAAGAAAAGAUGGAGGAAACGUGAUAACAGCACUUAUGUCUCCGAUUUUCAACCACCACAAUCAGCGAAGAAGAAACACAUCAAGUGUUACCAUUGCAAUGAGCCAGGGCAUGUUCAGAGCAACUGUCCCCUAAGAUGCUGA